CAGUGGAAGAAGUCACUUACUUUUUGUAACCGCGCCUUUCGUUUGGCGGCGUGGCGGUUCUCAUCGGCACGAGAGACGUUUGCGCCUGCAGAACUGUGGUUUGUGUCUGGUCACACCACAAGGCUUAGUGCAAAUUUUCUGGAAGAGUUGUAAGACCUUGGGCCUGCUGCUGUUUCUACAGGUAAAACCGUUGUUCGCAGCCAUGAUGCGGCGGCGGGUGUCGUGCCCGCAGGUGACACAGCAGCUGUGGGACGCCAUCGCGACGAUCCGCGCCCAGCGCCAGGUGCCCAACAUGGACCGCAUUUCGCGGUACAUGUCGCGCGUGCACCAGAUCAACGAAGACGAGGUGCGCAGGCAGCUGAAUCACUGCGUGCGCGACAACCUGAUCCGCAUGAUCAAGCGCAUCGGCUGCAAGGGGUCCAAGAUUGGCAUUGAGCAGGAGGGCUAUGCUCUUCCAAAGGAAGGGGUGAAGGACGACGGGCACGACUGGUACUGCUUCUCGUGCCACCGCGGCGGCGACGUCAUCUGCUGCACGUCGUGCCACCGCGUCUACCACCUGGCGUGCCUGGCUCGCGGCGAGCUGCCGGACGAGGACGUCAAGAACACCUUCGUCUGCUCCGUCUGCAAGGACAUGGGGGUGGAGCGAGACGACAAGAACCGCAUGAAGCGUAGCCAGCUUAACCACCUCCUGAGCUUCACCUGCAGCCGGUUGCGUGAACGGCUCCCGGCGAACCUCUGCGACCGCACGGCAGCGCCGCCUCCGCGGAACCCGUACGCGAUCCCCGAGCGCACGUCGGCGGUCGUGCACCACCACCCCGCGGGGUCGCUGCCGGUGGCGCGGACGGACGUGCAGGGGCAGUCGGAGCGGUGGCGUGCCGCUUUCCUCAUUUACCGGCCCACGGACCUCAAGACGAUGGAGCACAAGGCCAGCGAGGGCAAGUACCGCCUGCUCGAGGAGUUUCGCGCCGACGCCAUGACCAUCGUGCACAACGUCGUCAUCUACCACGGCGUGCACAGCAGCCUGGCGGACAUGGCGCGGCAGAUGCUGCGGGACUGCGUCUACGACCUGACGGAGAUCCGGCAGUGCCGCGACUGCUACCGGGUCUCCAACGAGAAGAAGGACAAGCACUGGUUCUGCGAGCCCUGCCGCCCGCCCCACCAGCUCGUCUACGCCAAGCAGAAGGGCUUUCCGUACUGGCCGGCUAAGGUGAUAAAGGUGGAGGGAGACCAGUACGACGUGCGCUUCUUCGGCGGGCAGCACCAGCGCGCGCACAUCGAGAAGGUCCACAUCCGACCCAUCUCCGUCAACAUACACACCUUGCAGGUGAAGCGCACGUCGUCGUGGAACAAGGCGUGCGAGGAGCUGCGCCGCCACCAGGAGCUGCUGAAGAAGCUGGAGAGCAAGGGGCGGCAGGCGUCGUCGAGUGAGGACGAGGACGACGACGAAGACGAGGACGAGGAGUCGAGCGAGGAGGAUGACGAUUCCGAGACAAAAUCCCCACCGCCGAAGAAACGCGGUCGGGGCCGCCCCCCGAAGAACCCCGCGGCGGUAGCGGUGGCCGAGGCGAAGAAAUUGCAGCGGGCACCUAGGAAGGUGGGGCGGCCGAGGAAGGUGGUGAAGGAGGAGGAAGUGAAAGAGGAGAGUGACGACGACGAAGACGAGGAAGAGGAGGAGCAGGAGGAGGAGGAAGAUGAUGACGACGACGACGAGGACGAAUCGGAAGAGGAGGAGGUGGUGCCUGCCAAGCGACAGUCUGCCCCGGCAGCCGGCACCCGCAGGAAGACGACCACGGCUCUUGCCGCAGCAGCAGAUAAGGCGGAGAAGCGCGUGUCGGCUCCCGCGCGCGUCGCCGUGGCGGUUUCCGAAGACGAGGAACACGCGCCGCGCACGCCGGGCUGCGCCACGCCUCCCGCCGAGGCCGAGCCGCCGCCUGCCGCCGCCGCCGCCCCCGCGUCGGCCACGCCCGCGCUCUCGGAGGGCGGCGACAGCUCCAUAUCCUCCACCGGCAAGGUCAAGGCGGAGGUCCAGGUGCGCGAGGAGGAGGAGAUGGUGUCCUCGUCGUGCCAGGAGCCGCUGAGCACCGAGACGGUGGGCGUGCAGACACCGCCGCGGCUGGUGCGUGACAUGCAGCAGCGGGUGCUCAAGGAGCUGGAGAAGACGCACGCAGACGCCCUCGCCAAGGUGAGGGCGGAGCUGGAGCUGGAGCGGCAGCGCGCCGUGCGGCAGCUGGAGGAGAAGCACGCCGAGGAGCUGCGCGCGCUGGAGGCGCGCCACAAGCAGCAGGUGUCCGAGGUGAAGCGCAAGCAGUGGUGCUACAAUUGCGAGAGCGAGGCCAUCUACCACUGCUGCUGGAACACGGCGUACUGCAGCAUCGACUGUCAGCAGCUGCACUGGCAGAAGGAGCACAAGCGCUUCUGCCGCCGCAAGCGCUAGACCGCCGCCUGGGCGCGCGGCAGACCCGGACGCGUCGCCUCGGACACUGCUGCAGCUGCUCCGUGUAGUGCGCUCUGGCUGCGGCCGGGCUAGCGAUGCGCCGGGGGAGGACCUGCGACCCGAGUGUGCCGCCACUGUGCUCGUACCGAGUACCGAGAAGGGAGUCUGUUUCGGCAGGCGACGUGGCAGUACGCCUCACUCUGGAGCAGUUCGUGUUACCUAAAUUUUUAUUACAAUAUUUCCCCGUAACAGGGUGCACGGACUCUGUAGAUUGUCAGAGUGACAAAUUCUGCCGCAUCGGCUGCCGGCGGGUGGGUUAAAGUUUCGGUUUAUUUUGUUUCCGUUACUGCACAUUUCGGUUAGUAGAGGCUCGGGCAGACUUCACUGUCGAUACAGAAGUACAGUGAAAGAGCGUAUGUUUGUCAUUCUGUGACUUAGAAAUUGCUCAAACUUGAGCCGGAGUAUCUCAGCUUUGAUGAGUUAUUGUUAUUAUUUUUAUUAUUUCUGUACAGGUCCUGUUGGACCACAGAGUGCAGGUUUUUUCCCGUGUUGUCCAGCAGUUUACCUUUUGGCCGAACAGUUUUGUGUUUACUUCUUCCGUUGCUUCUGUCUGGGCUCUACCUAGGUCCUCUUUAGAUUGUCAGAUCUGCGGUAUAUUCUUUAAUCUACCUAUACGAGUGAUAUUCUACACGGACCUUUGAAAAUGUCUGUCGGAAACAGAAGGGAGGGUGCCCGUUUCUCGGCAGCUGGUCUGGUAGAACAUUAUCGAUCUGAUAGUUAUUACAGCUCGUCUGAGACUGAACGACACGGUAACCGCAAUUUCUUGCUAGUUUCACACAUUUUGUAAACCGUGGUGCAGAUUCCUUCUCGCAAAGUGGGUACGUCUCGUAAGUUAUAAGUACUGCUAACAGGACAUUUUUCAAUUCCACCGAGUGAUUGUGUGGAGCCCAGGUCUGUCGUUAUACAGACCAGUAGUCACAGCUAUACAGAAAAAAUUGAAAUUGUGAAAUUGAAUAUGCUUCUUUUCUGGCCAAGGACGGUGUGGAAAAUAGUAGCAGAUUGUUUACAAAUGACACAGUUGUACGGGUACCAAAUGAGGGAAACAGGAUUUUCCUAGAGUUUUGCGGUGAGCUCGCCAUUCGCUCAUUUCUGCUUUCUGUCUCCGCUGUAUAAUUUACCUCUGUGGUAAUGUAAAUAACACGGUCCCAUUUGACACAGUAGGAAAUUUAAACUGCUGACGAUUGCUGUCGAUUAAUUACCUUUAGUUGUGCAGAUUUAGUAAAAUGGCACUUGUUACGUUCUGUGACGUACUGCUCUCAGAGUGCACUGAUGUUGUGGUAUGUCUGUUGUUGUUAUGUUCAAAAUGCAUUCUGCACACCACCUCUCUGUACAUUUUGUCUGUGUGAGUCGGAAAGAUAGGAAGAGGAUCGCUUCGGCUCCUUUGUCUGUUCACCAGUCAUUCACUAUUCUCCUAAUAAAACUGAGACCUUUUUUCCUUCCACACGAUAGCCGACCAGCUCUACGAGCCUGUGACGUGACCCAAAGUUUCCGUAACUGCAACUGUUUUUUGUGUCUAGAACUUGCAACAGUCUUGUCACAGUACACGUGUAGGCAUUCCUUACAUUUAUAAAUCCGGUUUCCCUGCAGCAACUCAUCCUUCACUGUUUACCUAUGUGAGCCAGUUGUGACUGUGUCUUGAAUUUAAAACUGUGAGUGACAGUUAUACAUGGUCAACAUGUAGCCACUGACAUUUAAAGUGAAGUGUUGUUGUAUUACAGGAAGAUAUUUUGUUUGGACAAUGGGCAAGCCCAGGUGUUUAUAACAACAAUUAUUGUAUUUCAAAAAGAAACUAUAAAGUCAAUAAGCAGCAUAAUUUUUUUAUAUUAGUCAGGUGUCUUUUUUUUCCAAAGAAUAUGCAUCCGUGUGUAUCGAUUUGUGCUCUCUCGUAUAAGACACUCUCCGCCGCACACCCGGGACGAGUCUGUGCCCCAGAGCAGAGGUCGGUGCAUCCCGGCGAGGUGCCGUUUCGGAGGGAUGCCUCGGAGGUGCGGGGGUCCAAUUGAAUCUGUGUAGAUAUUUAUGUAAGUGCAAACUCGUGAAUGUGUAUAUUUAUAUUUUUUGAAGUGAUGUUUGAAAGGAAGAAAGGAGGAGAAUUAGUGUUUGCUUAAGAGGAACAAUUGUUGUUGCCCCGAGAAUGUGACAAUUAUGUGAUGGACAGUGUCACUGUUAUUUUUGAAGUUCUAUUUUGCUUGGCCAGAACAGUGAGAUUUGUGGGUGUUGUCUCCAUUAGGUCAGAUGAUGUCGGUGCUGUUAUGCCAUGUGGGGCAGUUGUCCGAAAUGGGUGGUACCAGAUUGUGUUGUGUAGCUACCAUCAUAGCUAUCAUCAUCACUUCAUAUGAUGAUGAUGAUGAUGAUGAUGAUGAUGAUGAUGAUAAAUCAAGUAGUCCUGUCAAAAAGGUUCCCUAACGAGGUUUUUCCUCCAUUUUCAGUUUGCAUACUGCCUCAUCAUUAACAUUCAUCUUUCCAUUCUUGAAUAAACAACAUGACUGUUCGUAUGUGGCACGAAUUUUAUGAUGUAAUGUUAACUGCAUUGAGAUCUUUUGCUACUAAGAGCAGCAUUACAUAGCAGAUUUCACAUUCGGCAGGAUUUUAAAUUGCAGCGCUUAUUUUGAAAGGCUACUGUUAGCGAAUAAGAAGCGACUUGCCUUUCUCACUGUUGCAGCAUAACACACUACACCAAAACAGAGGUUAUUUUCUGGAUAUUCCUUGUUAGUAGAACAUCACAGGCAGGAGAGGUAGCAGUGAACGGGUUGUGAGGUUAUGGGUUAUUAGUAAAAGUUGUAUGAAAACUAUGAAGAGGAGACAAAUGUUAAUUGAAAUGCAAACUAGUUUCUGCCAUAUAUACUCAUCUACUUCGCUUCCAUUCUGUUGUAAACUGCUUUUUAAGUGUGGUCCUGUGGUGUUUUUUCAAAACAUGUGUCAUGGUUAUUAUUAUUAUUGUUAUUAUUACUUUUUAAUCUCUUUAAUGAUGGUGAUCUGGAACCAUGUAACUACUUUCUUUGUCGUUUCCUAUUUCCCCAGUACUCCUUCAUCUUCUGUCUCUUGACUUCUUAAUACGGUCUUUUGCCCAUGUUGUUCUUUUUUCUCAUAUCUUCUGCUUCUAAAUUUACUACGUUAUUCUUAAAAAAAGUUUC